CAUCCGUAGUGCGAGCAGCUGCGUAACGGUCUGAGCCGAGCUGAUCUGCGGAGAGCUGUCGCUUCGUUGGGCCCAGGAGCGACGGGAACUUCACUGCCAACAUGUCCGACGAGGAGCAAGAGCAGACCAUAGCCGAAGACCUGGUGGUCACCAAGUAUAAGAUGGGGGGUGACAUCGCCACCCAGGCUCUUCGUAAGGUUGUGGAGGCAGCUAAAGCCGGGAUCUCUGUGCUCAGCCUGUGUGAGGUGGGCGACGCUUACAUCAUGACCGAGACCGGGAAGGUCUUCAAGAAGGAGAAGGAAAUGAAGAAAGGCAUUGCCUUCCCUACCAGCGUCUCAGUCAACAACUGUGUUUGCCACUUCUCUCCCCUGAAGAGUGACCCCGACUACACACUUAAAGAUGGGGAUCUGGUCAAAAUAGACCUUGGGGUUCACGUUGACGGCUUCAUCGCAAACGUCGCUCACAGCUUUGUUGUUGGAGCCAAAAAGGAGAACCCCAUCACGGGCCGAAAAGCUGACGUCAUCAAAGCGGCUCAUCUGUGCGCAGAAGCGGCGCUGCGCCUCGUUAAACCCGGCAACCAGAACACUCAAGUGACAGAAGCCUGGAACAAGAUCGCACAUUCAUUUAAAUGCUCUCCUAUUGAGGGUAUGCUGUCUCAUCAGUUAAAGCAGCAUGUGAUAGACGGAGAGAAAACAAUCAUUCAGAACCCGUCAGACCAGCAGAGAAAGGACCACGAGAAGGCAGAGUUUGAGGUACAUGAAGUUUACGCUGUCGAUGUUUUGGUCAGCACUGGAGAAGGGAAGGCCAGAGACUCAGGUCUGAGGACCACCAUCUAUAAGCGGGACCCCAGCAAACAGUACGGCUUGAAAAUGAAGACUUCUCGUACGUUCUUCAGCGAAGUGGAGCGACGCUUUGAUGCCAUGCCCUUCACACUAAGGGCUUUUGAGGAUGAGGCUAAAGCUCGUCUUGGGGUGGUCGAGUGUGCCAAACAUGAGCUGCUGCAGCCCUUCAGUGUGCUGCAUGAGAAGGAGGGAGAGUUUGUUGCCCAGUUCAAGUUCACAGUGCUGCUGAUGGCCAACGGGGCUCAUAGAAUCACAAAUGGACCCUUUGAUCCAGAGCUCUACCAGUCGGAGCACGAAGUUCAGGAUCCAGAGCUAAAGGCUUUACUACAGAGCUCUGCAAGCCGUAAAACACAGAAGAAGAAGAAAAAGAAGGCGUCAAAGACGGCAGAAAACGCAACUGGACAGCCGACUGAGGACACGGAAGCACCAGAAUAAACAAAACUGCCUUUCCACACAUGCAAGACCCCAAAGACAAGGGAGACAAAGCACGACAAGAUUUCCGGAGCUCUCUGCCAAUCAAGCAAAUUAAACUGAUAGGUUUAUUUAGAAAUACCUACAUUUGAUCAAUAUUUGGCUUAACCCUUUGCUUUAUUAAUUGAUAGAAUCACUGGAGAAAUGUUUUCUUUUCUUCCCUAACUUGGUCAAGGAAUGGAGGGAAAAUGAGCGUGUAAUUUUUUUUUUUCUCAAAAUCUGCAUCAUACGUGUAUGUUUUUUCUUCAUGCAGUUUUUCCUUUUUCUUUUUGUAUGAAAAUCACCAAACUUUUUUAAAACAUGUUUUAAACGUGUUUAAGACUUUUAAGUUUUUGAGAUCUGCAUAGAAUUUCCUUUUGAUUUAUUAGUUAGAAGAUAAGCUCAUGUUGGUUCUGCAGCAAAGUAAUUUUAAUGCAUCUCCACUUGUUUGUAGUUUACAAACUCAUUUAAAAUAUCGAAAACUGGAGUCAACCUGAAUUAUUUUCCUUGCCAAUAUUAUGCAGUAAAGGAUUAAAAAUUAAAAUAAACAUUUAUAUUUUUAUUAUGACCAUAUUUUUCUUUGAAGCGUUGAUGUUUUAACUCCUAGAUUUUAAAAAGCUGAACAGACGAUAUUUUAGGUAUACACGGAAAGGAAGUGGAAACCAACCUGAUUUUAGGGAACAAUCUGCUACAUUUACUGCCAUUCCCCUUUUUAUGGUGAAAAUGAACAUCUAUACUUUGUGAUCUUGUUUAAAAACUGAGAACUUUUCUACCAUUUACACCUGUAACACACUUUAGUCUUAUGAAUCAUGGAGACUAAAGCUGUUUAAAGUUUUGGAAAACUUGUCUGAAGACGAGUCUUGAGUCGAGACAGAGCUGUACGAUCAUUUCAUGUCAGUUUCCAUUUGGAGGUCUGAGAGAAGUGGUGGUUCAUAUUUGUCCACAAUGAAAUACGUUGGGAGAAAAGCACAAUGCUGCUCUUUCAAACUCAACCACUGGGCAAGUAACUUUACACCUAUGAAAAUGGAAUAAAAUGUUUUCAUACACA